CCCCAAGACCACCAUGCCUUGAACACAGGAAGCGGGCCUCCUCCCCCUCCCCAGUGGGCAGCAGCUUAUCUUUCUCCGGGGCUUCUUCCCCCCAUCCCCCCCGAGGAAAGAAAACCCAAAGAAACUAUGGCCACCAUGGACAACGUCGCCGUCGUCGUCAGGGCCUUGUCCAUCCUGGCGGUCGUCUGCGGCGCCGCCCACGCGAAGAGGCCCGCGGUGCACACGAAGGAGAGCCAUGCUCCCGCCGCCGCCGCCGCUGGUCCUGUCCCGGCGGCGGCGGCGCCCGGGACGACCGGCCACCCGGCGACCUUCGACGUCGUCGAGCUCGGCGCCACCGCCGACGGAAAGACGGACAGCACCAAGGCGGUCCAGGAUGCGUGGGAGGCGGCGUGCGGCAUGGCAGGGGAGCCCACGGUGCUGAUCCCCGAGGGCGAAUUCCUGACGGGGCCUCUCAACUUCACCGGGCCGUGCAAGGGCCACGUCACCGUGCAGCUCGACGGCACCCUCCUGGGCUCCAACGACCUCCCCAAGUACAACCAGGGCAACUGGAUCGAGAUCCUCAAGGUCGACAACGUCGUCGUCAACGGCUCCGGCACGAUCGACGGCCAGGGCGCCGACGUCUGGUCGGACAAUUACACGGUCUUGCCCAACUCGCUGGUGCUGGACUUCGUGAACAACGGUACCGUGUCGGGCAUCAAGCUGGUGAACGCCAAGUUCUUCCACAUCAACGUGUACAAGUCGACGGGCAUCACGAUCAAGAACGUGACCAUCACCGCGGUGGCGGACAGCCCCAACACGGACGGCGUCCACAUCGGCGACUCGACGGACAUCACCGUGGCCAACUCCUCCAUCGGCACGGGCGACGACUGCAUCUCCAUCGGGCCGGGGAGCGACCACAUCGCCGUGCAGGGCAUCAGCUGCGGGCCCGGGCAGGGCAUCAGCAUCGGCUGCCUGGGCCGGUUCAAGGACGAGCAGGACGUGACCGACGUGACGGUGCGCGACUGCGUGAUCCACAACACCACCAACGGCGUCCGGAUCAAGUCGUACGAGGACGUGCUGUCGCCGAUCACGGCGUCGAAGGUGGUGUUCGAGAACAUCCGGAUGGAGGGGGUGGCCAACCCGGUGAUCGUGGACCAGAAGUACUGCCCCGAGAAGACGUGCAUCGACAAGAAGGGGAACAACACGGUGACCAUCAAGGACGUCACGUUCCGCAACAUCACGGGCACCUCCUCCACGCCCGAGGCCGUCAGCCUGCUCUGCUCCGACCAGCUGCCGUGCAGCGGCAUGGAGCUGCUCGACGUCAACGUCGAGUAUGCCGGCAACGACAACAAGACCAUGGCGGUGUGCGCCAACGCCCAGGGCACCUCCAAGGGCUCGCUGGAGGCCCUUGCUUGCCUCUGAUGGACCACCACCGGCCGGGGAUGCUAUCUAUCUGUAGUUCUGUACCUGAUGCAUAUUCUCUCUUCCAGUAGUAUCGAGGCCAGUUAAUUCUGUCUUGCUAUAGACGGGCAGCAGAUCGAGACUGCAGAUUGGUACGGUGCUGCAUUUACUUAUUAGCCAGAAGACGUGAUGAUUGCAUAUAUAUGUAUCUCGUAGAUUAUUUUAAUGUGGUUAGAUGAAUUUUACUGCUCACUGAUCGAGAGUGACUAAGGUUAAUCUUGUUUUAGGCCAUCUUAUGUAUUUUAUACACACAUUUUGAUCGUGAUUGCUGCUGCGAACGCUUCGGUUAAAAACCCAGUUGAAAACCAUCGGCAUGUUUCAAUCAUAUUAAUGUUUAUGUGGAGUGCUUUCGUUUAUAUGUAUAGAUCAUAUCCAUACGACACAAUCAUAUUAAUUUGC